ACACUCGCAGGCAGCAGGGAAGACUGGAGAAGAGAGCAACCAGAUCACACACACACACUCACAGUUGCUGGCCGCUUUACGUCCGCCUCGGGGUCAUGCAGAUAGUCUGUGCUUUUUGCAGGUAUUCGGAUUAUGGAGGGGUGUGAGUGAGUAAACAGCCUCGGUUAAAGCGCUUCUUGUCCAGGACGUGUGUGAAGCUUUGAUGUAACGUUACAUGCUGAUGGGAGAUCAGAUUGCAGGCAUCAUCAGACAGCAGUGUUUGAUCUGAACUUUAACUCCAGUGCUGGACUCCUGGACGGGACGGGUUCACGGGACCGCAUCCCGAACAGCUUUCCGUAGGGGACCGCGGGAUCUCACGAGCGACGCGUUAUCGUGUAUGUGGGAAAGACCUUUCAGAAUGCCUGCGGCACCGAUCCUCUCCGCGUUCACUCUUCACAGGAUACUCGUCCUUCCACUGUGUGUUAUGAUUGCAGUUAUGGCAGAGGAGAGAAGAGAUUGCAGGGAACAGGAAUACAAGGAUAAGUUUGGGAGCUGUAUUCCCUGUCGGCAGUGCGAUGCUGGACAAGAGCUAUCUAAGGAAUGUGGCUUUGGCUAUGGGGAGGAUGCCCAGUGUGUGCCCUGCAGAGCCAGUCGCUUCAAAGAGGACCGCAGCCUGCAGAAAUGCAAGCCCUGUCUGGACUGUUCUCUACUCAACCGCUUCCAGAAGGGGAACUGCUCCACCACGAACAACGCCGUCUGCGGAGACUGCCUGCCCGGAUUUUACAGAAAGACGAAGUUAAGUGGAUUUCAGGAUAUGGAGUGCAUCCCAUGUGGAGACCCGCCGCCACCAUAUGAACCGCACUGUAUGGGACGAGUGAAUCUUGUCCCGCUCCAGCCUCCAGUGACCAGUCCCAGAGACAUGGCUCUAGCGGCGGUGAUCUGCAGUGCGCUGGCCACAGUCCUGCUCGCCCUCUUCAUCCUGUGUGUCAUCUACUGUAAGAGACAACUGCUGGAGAAGAAACCAGUUUCGUUGAGGUCCCAUGAAGGUCCUUAUGUGGGUUCAGAGUUGUCUUGUCUGGACCGUCGAGUUCUGGAGUUUUCCCAGCGGCCUUGUUGUCACUGCCGUCCCGGAUCAGGACAGUCCCGCGGUCCUGUAAACCUGAUCCCGUCUCUCUGCUGCGAUGACACCUGGAGCCAGAGCCGUGGCCGUGAGUGUCGGCCCUUUCCCUCGCAGAGCAGUCUCAAUGAAGGACUGGUGAACCCAUCUCUGGGAGCCAGCCGGACAGAAGUGGGAGGUGCACCUGAUGAUGCCUGGCCGCUUUUUCAGACCAGUUCAACCACAAACGAUCUCCAGCCAGAGACAUGUUCCUCGUGUGAAGAGGACGAGGAGCGAGAGCCGCAGAUCUCAGGCCUGAGCCCAGCCGAGUGUGAGGAUGGGGCAAACAGUCGGCCUCUACUGCAAACGCUGUCUACAACUGAAGGAUGACCUCCUCUUAUCUCACCUGUUGUUGGCCUCUGAGAGCCACUCUGGAGGUAGAAAGAGCAAAGGAAGAUCCCAUCUCAGAUUACAUCAGGCCACACACACACUCACGCACCAAGAACGUGUGUUUCACCGUCUUUCUCCAGCAGUGUGUGACCACCACGUCAACAGCGGCCUAAAGAGACUCUAUUAAUAUCUAAGCAGAACCACAUAAGACGAAAGAUUCUCUCUUUUGUAAAGGAAUCACUAGACCUUUAGUUUUGUACCCCGGCACUGACUACCUGUUCAGGUGGGUUGAAGUCAAGGUUUGUCUGCAGGUAUUAGUUGCGGUCGACCUGAAUGGUUUGCAGACUCUUUUGCAGUACAUUCCAGUUCCAUAGAUCAAACUGCGCAUGUGUGUGUGUGUGUGUGUGUGUGUGUGAUCUCCAGUGUGGUGAAUUGUAGAUAUUGUAUUAUAGGAAAUAGGAGGACAAUAUUUUUUAUAAUGUAGAUACCCAUCCUGUGCCUUCACUCUUGCUUUUUGCAUUGAUGUUUGGUGAACUUUAAAAAAACAAAAACAAAUGAAUUUUGUGGCUUGUCAAAUUUGUAAAUAAAACUCUACAACAUUU